CUGGAAGCCGCAACGGAGACUGUCGUGCAAACUAUCCAACAACAACAGGAACAACUUUUAAGGCUCCAGGUGAUCCUUGUUUCCGCAGUAUCAAAAAUCUCGCUACUUUUCAGUAGUAAGUCGCUUUCUAUUGCUUAUUUCAGCUUAUCGAAUACAAAGAAAAGGAGUAUUGAGGAUGCGGAUGGGCAUCCUCACCUGACCGGAAAUGUUUCAAGAACUCUUCUAAUCUUCGAUGAAGCGAUAGGAAAAAUGCAAGAGAGAAUACGAGACGCUGCAGAUGGCAACGGAGGAGAGUAUGGGGAUGACAACAUGAUUGAUUCGGUACUUUCGAAGAAUCCCAAAUUUUAGUCUUGAACUCCUUUGACCUGAAAAAUGGAUCCUCCUGGCGUCCGGCAGUGUUCGUGGAUUAGUAUAGUAGUCAAUUUCCAUGCUAGUACAUCUUUAGCUUUACACUCCUUCGAAGUAAAUUCCUUGCUUCUAUUUGAUACCCCGUGAAUGGGUCCACAGAUAGAUACCCCGUGAAUGGGUCCAGAGUUCUUGUAGCCUAUGAGCUAGAGCUACCCGAGUCGUCGUGACUCACUCUAUGCUAGGUACACUGCUGCCCCCACUAAUUUAUUUAUACAGUUAAUAUACUACAACUUCUUCUGCUACUCCUCGAGCUCCUGUUUCACUCUUCAAUUUCCUAACAUGAUCGACAACAGCAGUUGUAGCAUAGUAGGUAACUCUUCACAUCAUGAUCAACUACAACAUCAGGCUGCUCUUUUGGAGCAGGUUGCGGAAGCUGAGCAAGCUCUGAAGGACUUUGAUGAGAAGCACUUGCAGGAACACAAGGCUGAGCUUGAACAACUAGAGGCCGAGCUGAAUAAUGCUUCAACGCCGGAAGUUAAGAUGACGAGAUGGAUUUGGAUUCCCUCCUAUGCUAUCCUAUGAGUGUUAUCCUAUGCUAUCCUAUGAGUGUUAUCCUAUGCUAUCCUAUGCAGCUCUCCCGCAGUCCUAUCAAUCUUAUCCUACAACAUCUCAUGAGCUUGCGCUUCUCCUUCUGGUGUCACUCCUGUCUGAGAAGUCUGCGUCUCCUUCUAACAAGGCAAAGGCAGAAGUACAAGCGAAGAUCGAUGCAAAGAAGAAGGAAAUUCAAGAGGCUGAGGAACAAAUCACUGCCGCGAAGGAGAAGCUGGAAAAAAUAAAAGCUGAUAUCGAGGUGCUGGACACUACCGAGAAAGAAGGAGUGAAGCCACUGACGGACAUGCUGAAUGACGUCUCAAAUUAAGGUCUUACUUAGUCGUCCAUCUUUAUUCAGCUGAGUGAAGAAUAUUAAGCUCAUAUUACAGAACAGUUACAGUUUAUAACACGAAUGGCGGUUGGCACGGUUGGCACGAAUGACACGGUUGGAACAACCCAACAAAGCCAAAAAGUGCCAUGAGUGGCGCGGUUGGCGUUGGCGCAAGCGGACAGGGAUAGGGGUGCGAAGGGCUGCAAUUCUACGGAGAGCCCCCCUGCCAUUUUCAAAAUGGUGAGGUAGGUAGCCAGAAACAAGGCCGACCUGGCUGCUCUCUAACGAGUGCGGAUCCUAGUGCGGCCGACCGUCGGAGGGCUGGGCUCUUUCUUGGGACUACCGUGCGGGCCACGCAAAUUCUGGCGGACUUGCAUGACCCCCGCGGAAUUCCACGAGAGGAAUGCUGGCGCUGCGACGAGGCGGGUGCUUUAGCAUGCGGCCUCCGCCCUAGGGUGCUCAGCUGAUCCACCGCGCCGCCGCUGUGGGAGACCGGCGACGGAGGCGGGCCGUGGCUUGGAGGGCGGGUCGGAGGCGUGGCAGCUUUGAAUCGCGCGCGGCAGAGGAGGGCUGGAGCAAAAGUAACGCGCCCGAAGGGCGCCGGGUUUGCGGAGGCUACUGAAGCGCAACGCCGUGGAGGGUGUGGCAGAUUGGUCGCAGGGCGCCCGAGUGGGGUUCCGAAAGUAUGUGCGCAGCAUUCAGAGAGAGCGGCAACGCCGCGGGGGAGACAUCGCUUGAAAACGCAGGGCGCCUGAAGGGCGCCCUGCUCUCGAAGGUCUGAUAGGUCCACGAAUGGCACGAAUGGCGGAGCACAUUGAAGCCCCGGACUGGAUGCUUGCCAUUCGUUCCAACCGUUCCACUCGUGCCAUGCCAACCGGCCCCCAGGAACCUUAUAAACUCUUCUGUAAAAAAAGUAGUUUAGUUGUACCUCUUCUACAGAUACAAGACAGCUUUCUAUCUCUUAGGGAGAACAAGUUUCUUUAAUUCUAAGGCCAAUGGGAUUAGUUGCGCCUCUUCUACCUCUUAGGUUCUUCGUCAACUACGUGCUCAGCAGGUUAAUAUUUAGCUCAUGAUCGGCAAGCUGUCGACACAGAUACAGGAGGCGAGUUCUAAUCAAAGUUAGAAACUGGAAGCGAUGGCGCCUCUCUGGAAGCGCUGAGAACGGCUCUCGCAGAAGCUGACGCAGCAAGGGAAGCAGUAUCAACUAGGUGUCAAGGCGCAGUGCAAGCGAUGGAGAAUGAGGGGAACGCACACCUCGAAGGACUGAGAGAAUUACUAUUAAGGCUUGUUUCACUAAGGAAUCUUUGACUGCAUCCUUGAAAACUAUGACGAAUGCGGGAGUUGUAUCUCACUGCGAUACUCUUCAGGGGUACAGCUGAGACGAGAAGAUCAACUGUAUGGAUAGCUCUAAUGCUUGUCAGCAAAGGGAUAGCAGAAGGGCAGGUGAAAAGCAAAAUAGACGCUGUCCGACAGGGAGUGGAACAACAAGAAGCAGCAGCUGCUUCAAGUGCCAACACAGCGCACCAGGUGACUUUAUUAAGGCUAUCGCUAAAGCAUCCUCAUUAUCAUGUAUGAUCCUAUUUCUUUGUACUUGGCUCUUUUACUUACUUAUAUAAUUUCUACUUGAAAAAGACACCAAGCACGUAGGAUGCUCUCAAGGAUGCCAAUGCGGUUAAAAUAUAUCUAACUUUGCAAGGGCUUGGUCUGAAUCCAUGGACACUUGCACAAGAACAGAACGCGGAAGCGCGACCUGCGACUUCGCGAAGCAGGCCCAGGUCUGCACAACUUCCCAAGGCAGCACCUUCAUCUCAGGCCACAGGAGG